UAUGUUAGCGUCGUUGCGCCAAUAAUCCCAAAAUAUUGUGAUAAUUAUGAAUUGUAUUUAAUCUCAAGGAACAAACUGUUAUUUUUGUGUUAAAAUUCCAUUCAAGACAUAAUGAUUUAGGAACUAGAUAGUGGUUAUACUUACAACUUAUAAGUAUAACGUGCGUCUUAAAAAUGUCCGGCAGACCUCGAUUCAUAAAACCGGGCAACGACCCUCUCUAUCCAGCCAGGAACAAAGAUGGUGGAAUAGAAAUCCUCAUAAAUGAGAACACAGAUUCUGCACUGACCACAGAUAGUGAUGCUAAAACCAAUUUUGUGUACAACCGGUACCAUCAUCUACCCUUGACUAGUCAGCGACAAAAGCUCCCAGUGUUUCAGUAUAGAAACCAUAUAUUGUAUUUGCUGGAGAAAUAUCAGACUUUGAUACUUAUUGGAGAGACUGGGUGUGGGAAGUCGACACAAGUGCCGCAGUACCUCCACGAAAUCGGACAUAAAGUGGUCGUCACACAACCGCGCGUGGCGGCGGCGGCGUCCCUCGCGGCCAGGGUGGCGGAAGAAGUCGGGGACGCGCUCGGUGAGAGUGUUGGCUACGCGGCCGGUAUGACCAGUCUGCGCUCUCCUAAUAGUAGUAUCGUGUUCAUGACAGAGGGCGUAUUGCUUCGUGAAAUGUUCGCGUCUCCUCUUCUGAUGCAGUAUUCAGUCGUCGUUUUGGAUGAGGUUCACGAAAGAUCUCAAAUGACUGACGUGCUGAUGGGCCUCCUCAAGAAGAUAGCCAAAAAACGCAAAAACCUGAAAAUCGUCGUGUCUUCAGCCACUAUGGACGCAGAAUUCCUGAAGGACUUCUUCAAUUUGACAGACAAGAGAGAUAAAGAGAGAUCUACCUCUGUUGUUAUGUCUGUGCAGGGACGAACUCAUCCUAUAGAUGUGUUUUAUAGUCAAGAACCAGUGCCAGACUACGUGAAAGCUACGGUAGACACAGUCAUCAAAAUACACGAGAACGAACCUUUUGGAGAUAUUCUCGCGUUCCUCACUUCACAGGAAGAAAUACUAACAGCCCUGGAAACAUUACAACUGUACGCAGAAAGCAACAACGAGAAGAACAAAUACAGGAAAUCCUUUCCAAGCGGCAUACUGGCGGCGAAUUUAUCAAUACUACCGAUGUAUGGGAGCAUGCCACACUAUAAGCAGAUCAAGGUUUUCCAAAUGGCAGACAAGAAUGUUAGAAAAGUGGUAUUAGCUACUAAUAUAGCGGAAACUAGCGUCACUAUACCAGGAAUUGUUUAUGUAAUCGACUGUGGCUUCCACAAGCUGCCAUACUUCGACCCGUCGGUUGGCGUGGAGAGUCUCUGCGUCUGUCCGCUGUCGCGCGACAACGCGCGUCAACGCGCCGGUCGCGCCGGGCGCACGCAACGCGGGAAGUGUUAUAGGCUAUACACAGAGUCGGAAUUUGACAAACUGCCUGCAAGCGUGCCGCCGGAGAUUUCGAGAAGUGAUUUAUCGUCAGUACUGCUGCAGCUUAAAGCUCUCGGCAUACAUAAUUUACUCAGAUUCACAUUCCCAACGCCGCCGCCAGCGAAAAGUCUUCUGUCCGGCUUGGAAACUCUAUACGCUUUAAAAGCUGUAGAUAGAGAUGGCAAUCUAACGACGUCGCUAGGAGAAAAUAUGGCAGAGUUGCCGCUGAGACCGAUGUGCGCUAAAAUGCUUUGUAGUAGUGGUGAAUAUGGUUGCGUGGAAGAGGCUUUGUCGAUAGCUUGUAUGCUUCAAGUAGAAGGUAUUUUCACGAAGAGUUCUACGGGCAAGGACAACAUUGCUGCUAAGUUGUCUAGGCGAAAUAAUUUUGAGGUAGCCGAAGGCGACAUAAUAAUGUACUUAAACGUAUUCGAUUCAUAUAUGAAAAUAAAGAAUUCUACACAUGACGAGAAACGGUCUAAAAAGGCGUGCAGAGAAUGGUGUCAAAAGAUGUAUGUGAACCACCGCGUUAUGGAAAAGGCGUGCGAUAUUAGAGAUAGCUUAGAAAAACUAAUAAAGAGGAAGUUUGGUAUUGAAAAUAAAACAUUCGAAGGACCCGACUUAGGAACAGAGAAAUGCCAGAGGAUUAUGAAGUGCGUGCUAUCAGGAUUUUUCCCCCAAGCGGCGCAUUUGAGCACAGACUCCACAUACAGAAGCGUCAGAGGCGCCGUGUUACACAUCAGCCCGGAUAGCUGUUUGUUCAGAGUGCAACAGCCGUCCUGGGUGGUGUUCGCAAGUGUCCAGAGUACGGGAGACAAGACUUACAUGCGAGAUAUGAUGACGAUUAAUAAGGAAUGGCUGUUAGAAAUAGCCCCGCAUUAUUAUAAACAAACCUAGUCAUAAAAAAAUCGAAAUAAGAUGUCAUAUAUUAAAGAAAAAAUGACGAUCCGGCCUUCAC